GUCAAAAGGCGGACUGGACGGCAAUUGAUUGGACCAUGGGUUACUUCUCACUUUGACUGAUCACCUCAACUGGGACUGCUGGCAGGAAGCCCAAUUAGAAGAUUCAUUGUCCUGGUUGAGAGGACAACAUUCGACUAUUACUGCUGGUUGUAGUCACACAUGUGCAAUCCCGAGACACACAAUACCCUUCAUACAGACCCUCCAGAAGGACAGAGAUUCGAUUUCGCCGACAGGGAUGUUCACAGCAGGCUGUUAACGCAAAUUGUCUAGGCCAGAGCUGCAGAGAUGGAUUCAAGCACCAGGGCUCGUCACGUAAAUGCCCUACAGGCUCUCCCGGAUUCUUCCUUGGUUAAUUCCCCUCACCUUUCUCUAUUUUCGUCUCUUCCUCUUUGUGUUCUCGCAUGUUCAACCAGAAGUGUUCCCCAAAGUUCACUCACCGCAUCCUGGGAUGCCUGGACAAACGCUUUCAGAAGCAUAUUACUUUGAAACAAGUGAGAUCUUGUUCAACGCUCAUCUCGAGCCCACUCCCAGCCACCAGCACGACUGGAUAGAGACAUGCGUCUUCAAGAGUGACAUGGCUCCCUAGGAUGUCCGGAACACGAUGGCGAAAGGUAUACUCAGACCAGUUUAGACCGGGAUCUGUUAAUCCUAGGGAGCUCGAAAACCUCAUUGGUAGCUCCUAAGCCAAACGAAACCGCGAAGUCUGGUAUGCUUGUUGCUUCCUGCGAUCAUCUGUCUCUCAACGCCCGACAAUCCCGGACUGAUCACGGCCAACUCAAUCAAAGCCCAGCAAUUACC